CUCCUCGGGAUGAGUGGAAGCUGCCCGGGAGUAGGUGCGGAAGAGGGGGCGCCAAGAAAGAGUGAUCGAGUAGGGUUGGGGAUGACACCGGCGUGAGUGUCCUCUUCUGUUCUUCACCUGAGGAGGCCAGCUGCAACGUCAGCCUUCCAAGGAUUUUCUCUCUGUGCUAUGGGAGAUGUCAAAGAAUCAAAAAUGCAAAUAACACCUGAAACUCCAGGAAGAAUUCCUGUUUUAAAUCCUUUUGAAAGUCCUGGUGAUUAUUCUAAUCUCCACGAACAAACUGUCUCCAGUCCUUCUGUUUUUAAAUCGACAAAAUUACCAACUCCAGGGGAAUUUAGAUGGUCUAUUGAUCAACUAGCCGUAAUAAAUCCUGUAGAAAUAGACCCAGAAGACAUUCAUCGUCAAGCUUUAUACUUAAGUCGUUCUCGAAUAGAUAAAGAUGUGGAAGACAAAAGACAAAAAGCCAUUGAAGAGUUUUUCACAAAGGAUGUCAUCGUACCCUCUCCUUGGACUGAUCAUGAAGGGAAGCAGCUUUCAGAGUGUGAUUCCAGUAAAUGUAUUAACGUCAAUAAUGAAUCUCCAGUUGGAAGAAAGCUGACCAUACAUUCUGAGACAAGCAAUGCUGCUUGCCAGACAUUGCUGUCUCUUCCUGUGGAUUUUAAUUUAGAAAAGGUAUUAGGUGACUAUUUUAGAGCUGAUGAAUUUGCAGAUCAAUCUCCUGGAAACCUCAGUUCUUCAUCCCUCAGAAGAAAGCUAUUUUUAGAUGGCAACGGAAGUAUCUCUGACUCCUUACCUCCAGCUUCUCCCAGAAGUCCUCGUAGUGGUGCUCAAGCAUCACUUGAGGUUUUUUAUUCAAUAGAUUUAUCUCCUGUGCAGUGUAGGAGCCCUGUGCAGACCCCGAGUUCGGGUCAGUUUUCUUCUAGCCCUAUUCAGGGUAGUGCAAAAAAAUACAGUUUGGGAAGCAUAACCAGUCCUUCACCUAUUUCUUCACCCACUUUCUCACCAAUUGCAUUUCAAAUAGGAAAGGCACCACUCUCAGAGCAAAGGAAGUUAACUCUCCAUUCUCCUGAUGCUUCGUCUGGAACAAAUUCUAAUGGAAUUACCAAUCCGUGUAUCAGAAGUCCUAAUAUAGAUGGCUGCUCACCAAUUAAAAAUUGGUCUCCUAUGAGACUUGAGAUGUGUACAGGGGGUGCUAAGUAUCGGCCCUCACUGAUUCGGGUACCUUUUACUCUCGAGGCUCACAGCGAAGAUGAAGGAGACAAGGCAGAUGUUCCUUCCACAGACGCCUCCUCCCUAGCCACAGGCACGGCCGGAGUCCACCUGCCACAGUUCGAUGGUGACACUUGUCCACAUGGCGCGCACUUGGUAGUGACCGCCAUGUCUAUUACCCAGAACCAGUCCGGUGCUUCUGAGAAAGAAUUGGCACUGCUGCAGGAUGUGGAAAGUGAGAAGGAGAAUAACACUGUGGAUAUGGUCGAUCCCAUAGAGAUAGCAGAUGAGACCACUUGGAUCAAGGAGCCCGUUGAUAACAGGAGUUUACCCAUGACUGACUUUGUGAGUGGGCUCGCCUUCAGUAUUGAAAACUCUCACAUGUGCAUGUCACCUCUCGCGGAAAGCAGUGUCAUUCCUUGUGAAAGCAGUAACAUUCAGAUGGAUAGUGGCUAUAAUACACAGAAUUGUGGAAGCAAUAUUAUGGAUAUGGUUGGAGCAGAAAGUUACUGCAAAGAAAGUGAUGCACAAACCUUGGAAGUCGAGAAUAAAUCUCAAGUUUUUAAUAUAAAGCAAGACCACUCAGUGCAAAGGUGUUGGAUGAAAAUUGCAAAUCGCCCUCAAUGCAGCAGCCCGUAGAGUACCUCUCUCAGAACCAAAGACUCUAACUGGACAGCUCCUCACAUAUUUUUCAUGCAUGGGAUCCAUAAUGUGAUCAUGAUGGGGAAGAAACUGCUUCAACUAACAUGCUGAGCUUCUUUUCUUUCCCUCCUUAAUGUGAAAAAUCAAGGGCUUAAAUUUAGUGACAACAGAAAAGCUCCUGGAACUUUCAAGAAGUUACUGAAGUUCAGUUUUUAUCAAUAAAUAUUUUUGU